AUGGCUCAACCCCAACCUCGUACCUACGAUAAAACCUACAUCUCCAAGGCUACUCCAGCCUCCAAGCCAAAGAGGAUCAUUAUUUGUUGUGAUGGAACAUGGCAAUCCUCUACGACAAUUGAUCCCAAGAAAGGUUGCCCCUCCAAUGUCACUCGUAUUAGUCGUGUUCUAGCCAAAGCUGGCCUCGACCGCCAGGGGGAUGAAUGGCAGCAAUUGGUAUACUACGAUGCCGGAGUUGGUACUGGCGAUAUUACUGGUGCCGAGGCUACGCGACAAGGCUCACAAGGUCUCGGACUCCUUGAGAAUGUUCUUGAAGCAUACAACUUCAUUGUUUCCAACUUCAACAAGGGCGAUGAGCUGUACUUCUUUGGCUUCUCUCGUGGUGCCUUCACUGUUCGUGCCGCAGCUGGUUUAGUGCAAGAAAUUGGUAUCGUCAAGUCUCACUUGAUGACUUAUUUUCUUGAGCAUUACGGUAAUUAUAUCCGUGGGGAGGACUUCAAGAAGACAUUUGCCGAGAGUUCCCAUUGGACCAAAUUCCUGGCUCAUAGCUCCUCUGCUGUUGCUUGUCCUGCCAAGGAUACAGUGAUCCAGGUCAUCGGCGUAUGGGAUACUGUUGGUGCCCUUGGCAUUCCAGAUAUGGGUCACUUGAUCAACAUCGAUAAUUCCUGGCUCCGCAAGGCCUACCAAUUCCACAACACUGAUAUCAGUGCCAACGUAAAACAUGCAUACCAUGCGCUUGCUCUCGACGAACGUCGUGGCCCCUUUACACCGUGUAUGUGGUUUGUGAAACCAGGCAACGAGGAAACAAAACUGGUUCAGUGCUGGUUUCCAGGAGCUCACAUCAACGUUGGAGGCGGUAGCUCAGACAAUGCCCUCACAGACGAGCAAAAAGAGCAGGGCAUCAAAGUCAAGGGUGAUGGUGAGAGACUUUCCAGUGUCGCAUACGCCUGGAUGCUUGAUCGCAUCCUACCUCAUUUGGCGCUCGACGAGGAAGCCCUUCAAAUGCAACUCAACGAGAUAGAGGCCAUCAUCAAAGCCCCUAGUGACCCCAAGUUAAAGGCUUGGGAUGAAAACCAGAUGGGGAAGAUCGACGACAGCUACACCAAAGAGUAUAAGACCAUGGGUAGUGCCGUCAUCCGCACACCAAUGGAGUACAUCAAAAAGGAGACUGGGUAUACUGUUGAGCGUGUGCAUCCGUCCGUGUACUUUCGACGGAAGUACCACGACGAUUUGAACGAAGCAUUGGUCAAGGAGAAGAAGAAGACGAUACCAGUAUAUCAGCCACUGGCCAUGGAGGGCUGGGAACGUAUUUACGAGGAGCAUGGUAAGUAUGGCGUUGGAGAAAAUGCUAGAGAACGAAAAGGCUGGCAGUGGAGAAAGUACAAGAAGAACAUGUUUGGUAAAGUUGACAAGUCUGUUGUUGAGAAGUGGAUGUGGGAGUUUGAGAUUGGAAGCUUGCCUGAUCAGACAAGCAUUGAGAAAUGGCUGAUUGACAGGUCUUGGAACGUGCCGUCAUACUUUGAGGGUGUUCAGAAAGGGUGGUAG